AUGCAGCAUUAUGUGGAGAUUGAGGAAAUGUUGCAUAAGGCAAUUCUUAUCGAACAGCAACUCAAGAGGAAAUCUAAGGAGGAAAAGCCAAACUCGUAUCUUAGAGAAGGAAAGCAGCUUGCAAUACCGAGACCUGAGACAAAACCUUAUGUGUCUCAAUCAGACAUCAAAGGCAAAACCAAAGCAUCUUCAAGCCGUGCCAGAGACGUCAAGUGCUUCAAGUUUCAAGGCCGAGGUCAUUAUGCCAAUGAAUGCUCCAACAAAAUAGUCAUUGUGCUAUGGGAAAAUGGAGAUAUUGAAUUUGAAGAGGAAGGAUCAGAAUCUGAACCCAUGACCGAAUAUGAGGAGAUGCUGGCUCAAGAAUCGUUGCUAGUUGCCAAAAGGUCUCUAAGUGUUCAAUCAAAGACUGAAGAGCAGGAACAAAGAAAGAAUCUGUUCCACACCCGGUGUCUUGUCCAAGGCAAAGUGUGUAGUCUUAUCAUUGAUGGGGGCAGCUGUACUAAUGUUGCGAGUGAAUCUAUGGUAAAGAAGUUGGGAAUGAAUGUCAUGAAGCACCCGGAGCCUUAUAAGCUUCAAUGGCUUAAUGAGAGUGGUGAAUUGAAAGUUAACAGCCAAGUCUCAGUCCCUAUAACCAUUGGCCGAUAUGAAGAUGAAAUACUGUGUGACGUGUUGCCAAUGGAGGCUGGACAUAUCCUUCUUGGACGACCAUGGCAGUGUGAUAGAAGGGUUUACAAGGACGUGUUCCCUGAGGAUAAUCCCAAGGAGUUGCCACCGAUCAGAGAUGUGCUUAGGAAGGAGAAACUGUAUGCCAAUCUUAAGAUAUGCACAUUCUGUACAGAUAACCUGGUGUUUUUAGGCUUUGUUGUAAGCGCAGAUGGAAUCAAAGUCGAUGAAGAGAAAGUGAAGGAAUUUAUCACUAUUGUCGCUCCACUUACUGAAGUCAUUAAGAAAGAAGUCGGUUGCAAAUGGAGACAAGCACAAGAGGAGGCGUUCCAGGCCUUAAAGGAUAAGCUUACUAUAGCUUAUCUCUUAGUUCUUCCUGAUUUCCUUAAGACGUUCGAAAUCGAAUGUGAUGCCUCUGGAAUAGGUAUUGGUGCUGUUUUAAUGAAGGAUCAAAACCCUAUUGCAUUCUUUAGUGAGAAGCUUGGAGGCGCUACAUUGAAUUACCCCACAUAUGAAAAGGAGCUCUAUGCCCUGGUUCGAGCCCUACAGAUGUGGCAACACUAUUAA